UAUAUUUCAGAUCACUUUAUUCAAUUUCAGUUGCAGGCUUCAACUGAUUUUUGACUAAUCAAGAAAACCUAUAAUGAAAUUCAGCCAACAUACGAACCUAACUAACCAUUUUGUUAUACAUAGAGAGAGGAGGGGGUCUUUGUAUUAGAUGCUUUAGGCAAUAAACGUCUCAAUCUUCUAGUGAUUGAGCCGGCCCUGCAAACAGACGAGUCCUGCAGUGAGUGUUUCCUUUGGCUUGAUUUGUUCCAUAUAUUCUACCUAUCAAAACUGUGAAUAAUUUCGUCGAAGAAAAGACAAUACCUCAAUGUUCAUAUCUAAAACAAACAUUACUUCCGAUGUCCGGCCUCUCAAAAAGAGACAAGAAGUUAUAUACUCUUUGAAUCCAUGCACAAAAAAUAAAUGAAGUAAAAGGUUGUAUAUAUAAAGCCAUACACCAAAUUAGAAAUUCAAACUCUGCAACCCUUUUUGAAGAAAAAACUCAAGUUGCAAGACCCUUUCAAUGUCCAAGGGAAGGUUAGAAGGUAAGGUUGCAAUAAUUACAGGGGCAGCCAGUGGCAUAGGUGAGGCCACUGCAAAGCUAUUUGCAGAGAAUGGAGCUUUUGUUGUUAUUGCUGAUAUUCAAGACAAAUUGGGACUUCAAGUUGUUGCUUCAAUAGGUCCAGAGAAAGCUACUUAUAAGCACUGUGACAUGAGAGAUGAAAAGCAAGUGGAGGAAGCUGUGGAGUACACCAUACACAAGUACGGCACACUUGAUAUAAUACUUAGUAAUGCUGGAAUCAUGGGUCCUCUGGUUAGCAUCCUGGACAUGGAUAUGGAGGGGUUUGACAAUACCAUUGCCAUAAAUUUACGUGGUUCAGCCUUAGCAAUCAAGUAUGCAGCUCAAGCCAUGGUUGCAAAGAAUAUACGCGGCUCAAUCAUUUGCACAGGUAGCAUGGCAGCAACUCUAGGUGGCUGCGGUCCCUAUGCUUACACAGCUUCUAAGCAUGCUGUAAUAGGCCUGGUUCGAUCAGCUGCAAGUGAACUUGGGAAGCAUGGGAUUAGGGUCAACUGUGUUUCCCCUUUUGGUGUUGCCACGGCAAUGGCAUGUGGGGUGAAAAAUGGGGAACCAUGUGGUAUUGAGGCCGCGACUUCUGCCAUGUCUAGUCUAAAGGGAAUUGUGUUGAAGGUUAAGCACGUUGCAGAGGCAAUCCUUUUCCUUGCUUCAGAUGAAUCCCUUUAUGUAACUGGACAUAAUUUAGCUGUUGAUGGGGGAUUUAGCGUUAUUAAUGAUAUUAUGGCAAGGGUAAGGCAAUGAUGUGUUGAUUUUGUGCAGUUUUAGACUGCAAUACAAUGUUCUUGCAACUUCAAACAGUUGGGAAUAAAACAAGUUGUUCAUCGAUGUGCAAUACAUCUUAGACUAAUCAUGAUUAAUGCGAAGUUAUA